CCAUGGUGUGCGACCCCACGCACAUUUUACGUCGGACUUUUUAGCCAACUUUCAACAUUUGAAAAUCUGGUUCGUUGUGGUGCGUGUGCUGCAUUUUCUUUUUUACCCCACAGUUUUUCCUGACUUGCGUUUCUUGACUAAUAUUAAAAGACCCUUAUACUUCCAAACAUAAAGGACACUUCUUUUUUUUAUUUUUUCACUUUCUUUCCUUUGAACCACUUGUAUCUCCUUUUCUACUGUGUACUCUGAUAAUGGCUCCAGCAAAACCUGUACGCAUUGGUUGCUACUCGGCUUAUUGGGGAGACUCGCCUGCUGCAGCCAUUCAACUCGUCAAGCAUGAGGGCGCCAACCUCGACUAUUUGGUUGCUGACUAUCUCGCCGAAAUCACAAUGGGCAUUUUGGCUGCUCGACGCAAACGGCGUAUGAUGCAGGGAAAAGAAAAAGGCAUCGAUUAUGUGCCUGACUUUUUAUCCUUGGUCCUGCGCUACAUUCUUCCCGACGUUGCAAAGAACGGCACCAAAGUUGUCACGAACGCCGGCGCCUUGGAUCCGAUCGCCUGCAAGGAAGCCAUCGAAAAGCUGCUGAAGAAAAUGAACAUUGACCUCAAGGUAGCUGCGGUUGUUGGUGACGACGUGUUGGAGAACAAGGAGUCCGAAACCUUGGAAACGUUUGCACAGGUCCAUCCAUUCUCGCCUAUUUCGUCAACAGAACACUCGCUUGAUGCCGACCCCAUGCCUGCCAAGGACGAACCCAUCCUGUCGUUGAACGCUUAUUUGGGCUCGCGCGGUGUCGCUGCCGCAUUGGCACAGGGUGCCCAGAUCAUUGUGACGGGCCGUGUGGUCGAUUCGGCUUUGGUCGUAGGUCCUUUGAUGCAUGAAUAUGGCUGGCAACCCAGCCAGCCCGAAUACCAUGACCGACUCGCUUCUGCAUCGCUUGCUGGCCAUAUUAUCGAAUGCGGCUGUCACUCAACCGGCGGUAAUUUCACCGAUUGGCGCUUGGCAAGCGAGUCCCCUUAUGGCGGCUAUGCAAACAUGGGCUACCCGAUCGUCGAAUUCAGUGGUAAUGGCGAAUUUGUUGUGACAAAGCCAGAAAAGACCGGUGGAUUGGUCUCUCCGGCGACAGUGGCCGAACAGAUCUUGUACGAAAUCUUGGACCCGGCACUGUACCUCUUACCAGAUGUCAUUUUGGACAUGCGUCAGGUUCGGUUGAGCAAAGUCGGCGAGAAUCGUGUGUUGGUUCAAGGCGCUAAAGGUCGUGCGCCUACCCCUUGGCUCAAGUGCUCUGGUAUUUUCCUUGAUGGCUGGAAACUCAGCGGCGAAUUGGUCAUCGGUGGCCACGAGGCAAAGGAAAAGGCCCUUGCUGUUGGAAAUGCAGUCGUCCAACGUGUCCAAAACAUGUUCAAAGAUACUGGCAUCAGCCCCUUUAGAAAGUACAAUGUCGAGACGCUCGGUGGCGAGUCGCUGUAUGGCCCGCAUGCAAAGAAAGAGGCCUCACGUGAAAUUGUGCUUCGUUUGACAGCACACCAUGAUGAAACCAAAGCACUCGGCUUAUUUGCUCGAGAGCUCAUGGCGGUGGGUACAUGCAUGGCACCUGGUAUUACCGGCAGUGGCAGCGGACGGCCCAAGCCUGUUCCGAACCUUGUCCAUUUCCCAUGUCUGUUGCCCAAAUCCGAUGUAAAGACCAGCUUUGUCGUUGGUGACGGAUCGUUGCAGAGCGUUGCCUGGGAAGCAUGGGAUGAGACCAAUGCCUUUGGCUCGCCUGCCGUGGUGCCGUUGAUAGCCGCAGCAGCGGUCGAUUCCUCGACCAAACUCGUCAAGACCAAGUUGAUCAACCUGGCGAACGGCCGAAGUGGAGACAAGGGAGACGUGUGUAACGUUGGCAUUAUUGCGCGAGAUCCACGCUACUUCCCGUACAUCAAACGGACGUUGACCAGCAAGGCGGUGGCCGACUACAUGAGCCAUCUGUGCAAGGGGUCGGUGACGCGUUUCGAGCUCCCGGGGCUGUAUGCCAUGAACUUUGUGCUUACGAAAUCACUUGGCGGCGGUGGGCUGAGCUCGCUUGUGAUUGAUCGUCAGGGCAAGACGUUUGCCCAGCUACUGUUGACUGGUAUCGACAUUGAAAUUCCUGCUGAUAUGAUGCCUGCGGAUCAAGCCAAGCUCUGAGAAAACAAAAAAAAAUGAAUUUUCAAGUUACUCUUAUUUUUUUAUUCCUUUUAAAAUCACUAGUCUAUGUACAAAAAAAGAAAGAAAAAAAUGGAAGUUGUUUUUUUUAUAUCACCACUUUGCAAAGAA